CAAAAGAAAAAUAGUAUAGGAAUUAAAUUCUUCCAUGGAAACCCGCAGGAAAAGGUCCAGCUCUGGUGAGAUAUUCUCCUUUCCCAGCACCCCAAAUCUGCAAGACCAAGAUUCCGAUUUCAAGUUCGGCUGUUUUACCCCGGAUUCACCCUCUCUAGAUCCUUGCAGAACCUCACCAGCUGAUCAUCUUUUCUUCAAUGGCCGGCUCUUGCCACAUGCCUUCCCUUUACAACCUGCAACAAUGGUAGCAGCUGACGGUUCUCGUGGGACUAGUAGAACAAGCAGCAUCAACAGCAAGGAUUCAUCAAUGUCUUCAAGGAGUAACAGCACUAACAGCAGAAGCAGUUGCAGCAGCGCACGAACAAGCUCGAGUGACAAUUCAGAGAGGAGACUGUUGUACCAUAGCAAAAUCCAUACACGUAAAACAAGCAUAAUGGUAACCGCUCAGCUAUAUGGGGAUUCUCAAAGAUGGCAGUAUAUUACACAAGUGCCUGUUCUGAAACGUGAGGUUUCCAGGAGAAAAAUAAGUGGGGUUGUCGUGAAAGAAGCAUUGAGAGCUAAGAAACAAGGUGAUCAUCUUGAAGAAAGGAGUAGUACUAGGGGAAAGUCAGGGCCCUGUCUGAGACUUUUCAGGUUGUUUCUGUUGGCCUGCAGAGAAUGUCAUGCCAUGGAACCUUCCAGGAAACAAGAUGUGGUGCAAGGGACCUUGAGUGCUGGAUAAAUUAUAAACCCAUGUCUUUAAUAUACGAAACUUUUUCUUGCUUUGGGUUUGUGUUGAUUUUGUGCUAUGAACAUUAUUUGUGUGGAAUUUCGGUUCAAUAUAUAUUUCCUGUCAACCGGAAAAAACAAAAUAGUUUUGGAGGUAUUGAUCAGCAAAAGGAAGAAAACAGCUGCAGUACUACUGCUGGUUUCUCCAUGAUUUUUGGUAUGAUUAAUAUGUUGUCCUAGGAUCUUCCAGGAUUUGUGAUAUGCUGCAAGGCUGCAA